AUGAAGGAGCUCGUUAGCCUCUUCACUCCCAAGGACAGAAUUAUUCUCCAGAGAGAGAAACCUGGAUACACUUCUCAGAAAGACGAUACCCUGAAGAAUGACUUGCAAAAGGAGGCCACAGUUCUGGGCACUAUUCAGAUCCUGUCCUGCAUGAUGAUUUCCAGCUUGGGGGCAGUUUUGGGUUUUGCUCCCUACUUUUUCCACUUCAUUCCAGAAGUUUCUGGCAUCUUCAUGUCUGGAUACUCAUUUGUAGGGUCUCUGUGUUUUGCCAUUACGGGAUCGCUCUCAAUUAUCUCUGGGAGAAUAUCAACUAAGUCUUUUGCGCUGAGCAGCCUGACCUCAAAUGCAGUGAGCUCUAUGGUCUCGGGAGCAGGUCUCAUCCUCCUUGCUGACAACCUGGUAACCCUGUGGACAGCCUCUCAGCCAUGCGAUCCAGAAGAGGCCUAUCUGUCUUCAUUGCCUUAUUCAAACUACUAUGAUUCGACAUAUGAGACCAAGGACUGUCUUCUGGCCAGUACCAGUCUAAUAGGCGUGCUGGCAGUGAUGCUUGUGUUCUCUGUGCUGGAACUCUUACUAGCCGUGUAUGGGUCUCUCUUUUGGUGGAAUCAGGUCCACGCCAACAACCCUAGGGUCUUCAAAACUCAGCCUCAGUGA